AUGGUCUACGGCAAGGAGGAGAUGCAGGGGAGACACGAGCGGCAGCAGCACGACCCGCCAACGGCGCAGGGAACGGACAGCAACGAAGAUGCCAGGGGCCAGCAGCCUCGUGGCGGCCGUGGCGGCGGCGGGUACAGGAAAGAUGCGGACCGUCGGCCUCGCAGCCGCAGCAGGAGUCCAGGGCGAGGCCGGGUCGAGCGGGACAGGGGCCGCGAUCGGGACCGGGAGCGAGACAUGAACCGAGACCGGGAUCGCGACCAUGCUCGCAACCGCAGCCGCGAGGGCCGUCGUCGAGACUGA